AUGGCGCCACUUGCAUUUCGCCCCGCGACUGCGCCGAAUGUUUCGGACGACCAGAACCCCGCGACCUCCAAUGGCCUCUCGGACGCCAACAAGAUUGUGCCCGUACCAGAAGACUUGGCCAUGCGGGAGGAAGACGAGAUCCUGUCGACGCUCGAGGCGCGCCAGCAAGAAGAAGAGCGCGCCUCCAGAUUGGCCGCCAAGAACCGAAGAAAGCGGUACCUCGAAGUGCACCCCGAAUACUUCUCCGACUCGUCCCUCGAACUCGCCGAUCCGCUGCUGUACGACCGCCUCAUCCGCCGCUUCCAGACUGCUGCCGAGCGUGAAGCUGAAGGCCGCCGCAAGGGCGCCUCGGGGCAAAUCGCAUCCGAUCUCUGGCGCGCUGAGGCGAAGAAGGACGCCCUCUCCCAGCCAGAUCCCCUCUCGCUUUUCACAUACAACCGCGGCCCCGACGGCCAGAUCCUCGAAGAAGACAAGGACGACAUUCCCAUGACCAAGGACGAAGGCCGCGCAUGGUGGGUCGACGAGAUGACUCAGCGCUUCCUGAGGGGCGGAGACGACGACUUUGAGUACAAGAACGUGGAUGGCAACGUCAAAUAUGACCACCCAGAGCAAGAGCGGGACCUCCAAGACGCAUGGUUCGAGAGCAUGGAGAGCGACUUCGACUCGGACGGCGAGGGCAAAGAAAAGGUCUUGACUGGCGAGACGGGAAUACAAGACUAUUGA